AUGUAUAUCAGUGGUGUACCAGGAACGGGAAAGACGGCUACAGUCAUGUCGGUCGUCAAGCAAAUAACCAGAGACAGAAAAGCCAACAAUUUCUGUUUUGUUGCUGUCAAUGCUAUGGAAUAUAUUGACCCCAGGAAAAUCUUUGUUGACAUCUAUAAGCAGAUCACAGAAAACUCUAAUCGAAUUUCACCUGCUGCUGCUCGUAGGAGACUAAACACUAUGUUUGAGAUGGCUGAUAAAAAUCGUCCCCCUAUUAUCAUUCUCAUCGAUGAGUUAGAUCAGCUCUGCACGAAAAAGCAAGAGCUUAUCUACGACAUCUUUAAUUGGACUUCAGUUGAGUCAGCUAGGGUAUCAGUGAUGGCCAUCGCCAAUACUCUGGAUCUGCCAGAGCGGCUCCUUUCUCAAAGAGUCACCAGUCGCAUAGGUGCAGCUCGUAUUUGCUUCCAACCAUAUGAGUUUCAAGAGAUUGAGCGCAUUAUUCACGAUCGUUUGAAAGGAUCGACCAACGCUAUAGAUGAAGCUGCAGUGCAAAUUGCCGCGAGAAAGAUAAUGCGUAUUGCUCCUGAAGAAGCUAUUUCUUUGUUAAUUUUUAUACUUCAGGUUGCCGCAGUCACCGGUGAUCUGCGCAAAGCUAUGGAUUUGCUCCGCCGUGCUAUCGAAAUUGCCAUAGAAAAGGGUGCCAAGAAGCUUACAGUA